AUGUCUAAUAUCGAACAGCAUUCAGUUUCGUUAAGUGAGGAGGCUGAAAAUUAUCCAGCAUCUGAGUCAGAACCGUUACAGCAAGAUCCCAGGUCUCCCAUGAACUUGAGUACGUCCAGUGGGACUCUAGUACCGACUUCUGCUGAUCUAUAUUUAUAUAAUAAGCUUAAUGACUCUAUAGGUAAGCCUGAUAUCAACGGGGAGGAUAAUAUCAGUAGGGAAAUUGAGGGAGAAGUCUCGCCAGCUUCCCAACCAGUUUCUGCCAGCUACGUAUCGAUAAAUUCAGAGAUAUUCAAGGCCAGUAAUGGGACGAAUAAUUCUACCUACACAACGAAGCCUUUGAGAACUAAUGAAGGUAGUAAUGUAAAGGGCGAGCCAAACUCGUUAGUUCAAGAAAGUAAUAGCAACAAAGACGACGCAACAGAAGAGAAUGAUAAAGAUCUCACACCAGAACAGCCAUUUUAUGUAAAUGCUAAACAGUACUACAGGAUGCUUAAGAGACGGUAUGCAAGGGCCAAGCUUGAGGAACAUUUAAGGAUAUCUAAAGAAAGGAAACCUUAUCUACAUGAAUCGCGUCACAAGCAUGCGAUGAGAAGGCCGAGAGGUCAAGGUGGUAGAUUUCUUACAGCUGCUGAAAUUGAGGCUUUGAAAACGAGCAAUGCUGACAGUCUGGACGAUAAAGAAGACUGA